CGGCAGGUAUGAGCUGAAAUGGCGGCGGGAGCGCCGGCAGCCGGCGGGCGGGGCGGCCGCAGCUGGAGUUCAGACAGGAUGCUGAAACGCGGCGUUACGCCUUGGGGCUUCCACACGGGCAUUCCUGCGGCCCCGUGAGCUGUCGAGGAGCGGGCUGCGCGCGACGUUCCAGCUUUUGACAUCCUAGCCUGCCCCAAAUCCCCCCUGGAAGGCCCCCGCUCUGCUCAGCUUGUGAUGCCAUCUGCAAUCUUGUCAUUUGCAAUGACUCCUCCCUCCGCGGCCAGCCCAUCAUCUUCAAUCCCGACUUCUUCGUGGAAAAGCUGCGCCAUGAAAAACCAGAGGUGUUCACAGAGCUGGUUGUCAGCAACAUUACCAGGCUCAUCGACCUGCCUGGGGCAGAGCUGGCCCAGCUGAUGGGAGAGGAAGACCCAAAACUGCCUGGGGCAAACAGCACAGCUUCUGGAUUCUUUCGUUCCUUGAUGUCUUUGAAACGCAAAGAGAAAGGGGUGGUGUUCGGCUCACCGCUGACAGAAGAAGGCAUCGCGCAGGUCUCCCAGUUAAUUGAGUAUCUGCACAAAAAUCUACGAGCAGAAGGUUUGUUUCGGGUGCCAGGCAACAGCAUCAGGCAACAGAUGCUAAAGGAUGCUCUGAACAGUGGUACAGAUAUCGACCUGGACUCUGGGGAAUUUCAUUCCAACGAUGUGGCCACCCUGCUUAAGAUGUUCCUGGGUGAAUUACCAGAGCCCCUGCUGACACACAAGCACUUCCAUGCCCACCUCAAAAUUGCAGACUUGACGCUGUUUGAUGAGAAGGGAAAUAAGACCAGCACUCCGGACAAAGAGCGCCAAAUUGAAGCCCUCCAGCUGCUCUUCUUGAUCCUUCCUGCACCCAACCGCAGCUUACUCAAACUGCUGCUGGAUUUGCUCUACCAGACCGCCAAGAAGCAGGACAAGAACAAGAUGUCUGCCCACAAUCUUGCCCUCAUGUUCGCGCCUCAUAUCCUGUGGCCCAGAAAUGUGACAGCAAAUGACCUGCAAGAGAAUAUCACAAAGCUAAACAAUGGAGUGACCUUCAUGAUCAAACACUCACAGAAACUCUUCAAGGCCCCAGCGUACAUCCGGGAGUGUGCCAGGCUGCACUACCUGGGAUCCAGAGCCCACACGUCGAAGGAUGACCUGGAUUUGCUCACAUCUCCUGGCUCCAAGGAGCUGCAGCCCCUCAGGUCUCAGAAGCGAAGCCGACUGGACUCCUGCCAUCAGGAGGAGACCCAGCAGCGCACGGAGGCGGCUCUGAGGGAGCUCUUUCGCCAUGUCCACAAUAUGCCUGACUCUGCAAAGAAGAAAAAGCUCAUUCGGCAGUUUAAUAAGCAUCCUUCAGCUCUCACUCCUGGCUCCGAAGCGGCCACACCCCCAGCACCACGACGUACCCGCUCGCGCUCCUUCAGCGGCCUCAUUAAGCGGAAGGUUUUGGGAACCCCAGUUAUUGUGGAGAGGAAGAGCAGGGACACCACACCGGAGCCCAAACGAGCCAGCAAAGAGAACAUCCACCUGUUACAGAAAUGUGGAUCUCCAGCUCACACGUCCCAAGCAAAACUGAAAUCUUUGGAGGGCCGGAAAGAGGACUCCUGUAGGCGCAUGCGAGCCCACCUGCUUUCCAAGGACUCCUCGUCCCUCUGAAUGGCUUCGCACCGACGCACGGGUGGGGAGUGCCCGGCCUCGCAAGCUGUGAAUACUGUGCUGCACUGAGCGGGGAGCCUGCAGCCCUUACCAACACUCCAGCACCCGUGAAACCGGACCUUGGCAAAGAUUGCAGGGACUUGUUUCGUUCUGUACAUAAAUUAUAUUUCGUUCUACUAUGGGGCAAACCACUAUCUAACCAAAACCUGUGCAGCAUGUCUGACCUACCGGCUCUGGGAAGAGCUGCUUACAAGGGGAGCCCUGUGCGUUGUGGGGCCCUGUUUUACUCCCAGCUUUCUCUGCAAUGUUGCUAGACUGUAUUCUUUGCUCUUUCUGCUCUGGGUGUUUAACACAUCGGCUUGGUUUUGCUUCUUUCCCUCUGUUAGCAGUGUGAGCGGUGCACUCCAACCUUUACCCGCAUCCUGACAGUUAACCGUGCCUCUUUGGAGCCAUGCCCUCUGUGCUUCCUGGGAUCUCUGCUUCCUGCGGGGUCCCUCUGGCCUUGUCCCUGCAGGGCUGGAGCACACAAAUGGUACCGAGCACAGGAGGGGCCUGGUGGAAGAGGAGAGGCUCCGGGUGCCAUCACUUCAGGUGGGGCCUGGGGAAAGCCCCUUUCUCAUCGCUCUUUCAGAUUGGGCUGGAGGCAGCCCUUGCUCACUGCCUUCGUGUUUCUGCAGUGCCACGCUGCUGCUGGCCCUGCCCGCUGAGCAACGAGUGGCUCUGCUUCGUGUUCCCCAGGGAGGCUAAGAGGAGCAGGGCUUAUUCCUGGGGGCAGGAGGCUGGCAGAAGCUGUCAGGGGCAGGGCAGCGCAGCCUCUGGAUGCUGGGGUGGCUGUGGCAGGCAGUCCGGUGGCUGUCUGCACAGCAUAGCUGCAGCGUGAGAGGUGUGGGAGGGCUCCAGCCGUUUGUGAUCUGCUGCAAAUGGUGCCAAAGGCUUUGGCUCCAGACGUUUGGAUGGCUGGUCAGGUGCCCGGCUGAUUAGUCAUUAAGCGGGGAGAAAGGGCUGGAGCCAGGUUGGGCUUUUUGCCCUGAGCUGCAGAAAUGAGAUGAAACCAUCUAGAUUCAGGGUAACCCCCCCAUCACAGCUGGCCAGUGUCAGCUGUGGUGUUAAGCUGGAGUGCUCCAGUAAGCCAAUCCUGCCAAGUACCUGUCUGCAAGCUCUCUGGGAGGAGACACACAGGGUCACUGCUGUGAAAUAAAGAUUUAAUCAGUCAGGGAACCAUCUAAAUGCUUCUCAGCCCUUCUUGGUGAAGCAAAUAAUCUUUGGAAUCCAAUUAUAAUUGUCUUCUAAUCUUUAAGAACCAGCAGCCGGCAGGAGUUAGAGCUCUGUCCUUGACCGCUCUCCCAGACAACUGGUGGCAGGAGGUGUGAAUAUCGGGAUGCGAGCAGGGAGUUCAGUCUGACUGGCUAGAGCUGUCAGAAGGGGCUGUUGGAGCCCUGAGCAGCUUAGCUGGAGUUAUUCAUGGGUUUGUACUCGGAUUUUUAUUUGUUUUGAAGAGCUACAAAGCCACGUGCCUCAUGCUGCAAUGUCCAGAGGGAUGUUCCUGGUGUUUUAUCGGGGGUGCCUGACCCCGGAGUGGAGGAGCUGCCUUGAAAACGUAGGGGUUAGUGGGACCGUAGAUGUGGGAGUUGUGAGUUGCUGGUGUUAGGAGCCUCUGUCACAGCAAAGAAAGAGCUCUGGUUCCUCAGGGACUGGGCAGGCGAGGAUGCUGUCAGGAAAGGCAGAGGCUGUUUGCUAUGGUAGCCGUAUGUGCUGUUCGGAUGCGUCUGUAAUCAUUCCCUCCAGAGGCUUAGACUUUGUGCUCCUCUCCGAAGGGCAUGGUGUGUUUGGCUAAGCCAAAGCCCUGCUCCUGCGGCCCCCAGCAGAGCUCUGUUAGCAGAGACUGUAAAGGCAAUCGUGGGGUGAAGCUUUUGUUCAUCCCAUCCCUCCUCUCCCCCUUGUCCCUGGCAUACUUGGGCGUAUUUGUAUCUGUGUGGACGUUGGCUUGGCAAGGCAAUCUGGCCCCUCGUGCUAAAUACACUGCUCCUGUACAGACGAGAGGGAAGUAGCUCUCCUCUCGUGUCGCCCCUUACCGUUAGCUCCAGCUCAGAGACUGCUGGCUUCUGGCACAGCUGAAACUUGCUUAGCCCUAAGAAAAAGUAUCGUUGGUGCACCAGCCAAGCCUUCUGCCUGUCUUGGAUGCCUUCCCUUGCAAAGGGGUGGGCGCAGUCUCCAGACAGGGCAGUCCCCAGGGAGGCUCAGAACUGAAGGUCCUGGGGUCGGUGCCCUGCCUUUAGCCCGUGCUGAGCAUGGCGGUGGCUGGCAGGGCCCUGGCCUCGAGCCUUGGUUGUAGCAGCCCCACUGCUCGCACUGCUUCACAACCAGGGGGGUUUAGUCGUGUCUGGGAUGUGCCUCAUUUGUCUGCCCUGUGCCAUGAUGCCUCACAAGGAUGCUUCCUCCCAGAGCAGCCACUAACUGUUCCCAGAGUCUAUUGUUUCCGAAGUAUUUUUAAUCUUUGUUCUUAUUUAUAUAUGCUGUGUACGUACCGUUUCAGACUGCUGCCUUUCAGUGUGUUCAUGUGAAAACCCCAUAUUAAAUGCUUUUAUUUUUA